AUGAACCACGUUUGAGGUUAAUCUAUGCGAAAAACACUCCAUAUCUGUCAGAUGAUGAUACAUUUUGAGAUAAGGGCAGAUAAGUAAAUAAUCAUAAAAUGGACAAUAAGCCGUCAUUAAGCCAGUAUUUUGGCGAGACGGAAGUACCGCCCGCCUCCCAGUUCUUCGACGAAAUCGGGACAUCGCCCUCUGAUAUGAUACAGAGCGUUUACCUGGGCGAAAGUGAAGUGAGUCAACAAGCAGCAUCUAAUCUUUUUCCCACAGACAUGACCGCGUCUUUCUCUCAGUUGAAAGUGAGUGAGGAGAUGAAGUUUGGGAGCGUAGUGCCCACUGUGAGCGGUGCUACAGCCCUGCCAGCGACUAGUCUGCCGGACCCUUCGACGUUUUUCGACACGAUUGGGCCGGAGCCGCAAAUGGUGAUGAGUGGGAUUGCUACUCCCAAUAUAUUGAGUGAGGCUAUGGAUGGUCUGGCUGUUAAGGACCAGCCUGUAGACAAGGAAGCCGACAGGCGCCGAGAUGCCUGGAUACCCAAUGAUGAAGCUAAAAAGGUCUUACUGAAGGCUCAGUCGGUGCCGAAAGGAGCAUUCUUCCCGGAGAGGGAGGCCCUCACGCUGCCCGGAGUCAUAUUUGAGGAAGAACUGCCCGACUCCCUGCACGCGGUGGCGGUGAAGUACCUGGGCGUGAGCGCGGCGGCGCGCGGCGGCAUGGCGCGCGCGGACUCGUGCCGCGGCGCGCGCGAGGACGGGCUGCGCGAGUUACUGCGGACCGGCUGUCUGCGCGCCGCCAUCAACCUGUCUGCUACACUCCUGGCGCAACAUAAACAAGGCGCAGGUCGCUGCGGGCGGGUCCCGGGCGCGCGGCACUCUGCGCGCUCGCUGCAGCUGUGGCUGGCGCGCUUCUGCGCCAUGCUGCGCGUGCGCCUCGCCGCACAAGCGGCGCAGGAGGCCGAGGCCUUCGGGGACUGCGGCCAACCCGACAUGUACUACGAAUUCUACCCGGAGCAGUACGCGGACCGAACGGGCUCGUUAGUGCCGUUCGCGCUGCGCCUGCUCAUAGCGGAGAUGCCGGCGCACGCGGGACUACCGGAGAAGGCCUUGCCGAGCCUUUAUGCCGUCCUGGCCGUAAUACAACAGAUGUUGUGUAACCUGAACGCGGGUAAGACGGAGGACGGGUCGGCCGCGCUGGCCUCCGAGCAGGACCGCGCCGAGUCCGCGCGGCUGUGGCGCGGCAGGGAGACCCGGGUGCAACACUCUAUAGUCAACUGCGCUAUCGCCUUGAAGGACUACCGUCUCGCCAGUAAGAUAAUCUCCGGUCUCCAAGAGCGGGCUCCGAGUCCGGCGCAGAAGCGAGCGCUGGCGAGUGCUUUAUGUCGGCUGUGGCUGCUGGGCGGCCACUGCCGCGCCGCCGCCAAGCAUCUACAGGAGGCCAGAGACUUGAGACAGCAUCUCUGUCCGACGCCCGACGUGCGAGAGUACGUGGAUGUAGGCCUCCUCGAGGUCGCCCAGGGGCGGUACAAGGAAGCCUACGAGAACUUCAUCAAGGCCAACGACCAGGAACCCACUAAUAUCAUGGUGGCGAACAACAUGUCCGUGUGUCUGCUGUACCUGGGCCGGCUCUCGGAGGCCAUCGCCGCGCUGCAGGCCGCCGUCACCGUCGCGCCCGAGCGCGGCCUCUCCGACCACCUGCUGCUCAACCUCUGCACGCUCUACGAGCUGCACUCCAACAAGAACAUGGACAAGAAACUCAGCCUGCUCAGGAUGCUGUGCAAAUACAAGAGCGAUACUAUCCCUAAUGUUGUGGAGUGUUUAAAACUCGGUUAA